CCGGGCGCAGUCCUCCUCCACGCACAUCCGCACUUGUUCGACUGCUUAUCCAACCCGAACAGUGACCAAGGUGUCCGUUGAGCAAUCUGGUGUUAAUUUCUCCUCGCAUCGUCCUAGGAGGUCCGGAGGGAUCCAACGUUUGAAGAUGCCGUCCACACCCAUCACUCCUGUGAGUUCAGAUCAGAAGCGGAAGGGAUUUUAUGCCCAUCGUUCGCUGCCGUCCAAAUCCAUCACGUCUGCCAGUGCGGAGCAGCAGCGGGAGAAAACCAAGCCCAUUCUGUCCAAGAGCCUAAUUAAAGGAAAUACAUGAUAUCUCCUCGACAACAAAUGGUUCAAGAACUUCAAAUCUUACACCGGUCUGAGCACCUGGAGUACCGAGAUGAAUGCGGAACGCUCCACGGAACAUCCUGGCCCCAUCGAUAACUCCAGCCUGCUAGUCGAAGAAGACGGAGAAGAACUACGCGAGCGUUUAAUUGAGGACCUGGACUUUGUGAUGGUGCUCAAGGAUGUCUGGAUGAUGCUGGUCGAAUGGUACGGUCUGGUCCCGAAUCGGCAGCCGAUCCCACGCCAGGUCAUCGAGCAGGAAUACGGCGACCUCGAGAAGAAUGUGAUCCACAAAUUUAGCUGGCACACGACCGUCGCCCAGUUGGAGUUCGAGAUGCGGAACUUAUUCAACGGCCCUGCGUCUAGGGAAACCAGAGUUUUGUUUCGGGAUGGCACCGAUGUGUACACCUGCCUGAAUUUAAAGGAUGACACGUUGGAAGACCUUGGCAUUACAUCCCAUACGAACGGCCAACCGGUCGUUCUAGAAGUGAAGUGUUGGGAUGGAUCCUAG